AUGUAUACUGAAGCAAGAGAUGGAAUGCUUCGAAGUAAAUUUUGGCCAGGGUUAUGUAGUCAACAAUUGAAAGAAAGUACAAGACAUCAGUUUGACUCAAGUAAAAAUUUUGAAUCUUUACUUAGGGAAAUUAGGACGGUUCAGGAAGAGAUAACAUCACAAAGGAGUACGGGAGCAACAAAGUUAUCAAGGCAGGUAUUCCAGCAGGCAGAAAGAGCAGCGAUUACAACAUCAUCGACAGAUCUUCAUAAAGAACUACAGACUAUGAUUAGAACAAUGGAAAGGUUUGAACAGAAAAUUGAUAGCAAUUCAAAAUGUUUUCAACAAUUGAACAAACGCGUUUAUGAAUUAGAGAACAACACACACAGAGACAACAAAAUUUUUAUUCAAAUAGAGGUUCAUUUGCAAGGGGUAGAUUCAACAACAAUUCAAACAGAGGUCUUGGUCAAGGUCGAGGUCAAAGUCAAUACAAACCAUCCCAAGCUGUUCAAAAUUCAAAAAAUACUAACCUCUUCUAUUGAAGAGCAAAUGGAGGAGAAAAACAGAGUCAAGAGAAGCCCUAUUCAAAAUACGAAAACAGAAUCUCAAGACUUGUUGUCUAGAAUGGUUGGACACCAAAAUGAAAGUAUUAUAUUUGUAAAUAGUCUAGAAAUAAAAGCUUUGAUUGAUACUGGAUCAAUGGUUACAUGUAUGUCUGAGAAAUUUUAUCAGUCUUUACAACAUACACCAGAAUUUCAUGAUAUUGAAGACUUUGAGCUCAAAGUUUAUAGUGCUGAAGUUACAAAAGGAACUGAAUACAGCAGUAAAGUUCCAGUCAUUGUGGGUACAAAUGUUAUAAGGUUGUGUAGAGAUUACGCAAACUCAGAUAAUACAAAUGUUCCAAAGGAAUGGAAAAUAGCAUUGACAAAUCUUAGUAUUAAUAAUGCCAUUCCUGUAAAGACCACUAACAUACAUUCCAUUACAGUAGGUCCUUAUGAAGUAAAAACUCUAUCAGGAAUAGUUAAGUCUUGCAACAACAUGCAGGAACCUUACAGAAGAAUACUUCCAGGAAUGUACGAAGAGGUAAGACAACAUCUAAAAGAAAUGUUAGAAGCAUAUGCUAUAAGGGAAUCAAAAAGUCCAUAUUGUUCCAAUGUCGUACUUGCUAAAAAGUUGGAUGGUUCUUUAAGAUUUUGCAUCGAUUUAAGAAAGUUAAUUAACAAAACCAUCAAGGAUGCAUACAAUCUCCCCAAAGUUGAGGAAACCAUUGAUACUCUUAUUGGUAGAUUUACCGGCUACUACCGGAGAUUUGUCAAAGAUUUUGUCAAAUUGGUAAGGCCUCUCAAUGACUUAUUAGGUGGACACCCUACUAAUAAGAAGUCCAAGGCAUGUAAGAAAAAGAAGACUCUAUGGGUAUUGGGUAAAAAAGAACAACAGUCAUUUGAAACAUUAAUACAGAAACUUACAUUACCUCCAAUAUUAGCCUUUGCAGACUUUUCAAAACCCUUUAUUGUUAAUAUUGAUGCUUCAAAGGAAGGUCUGGGGGCAGUACCAUAUCAAAAUCAGGGAGGUUUGGAUAGAGUUAUUGCGUAUGCCAGUAGAGGACUACGGUCAAGUGAGCAAAAUUACCCUGCCCACAAAUUGGAAUUUUUAUGUUUAAAAUGGGCCUUAUGUGACAAAUUUCACGACUAUUUAUAUGGCAAUAGGUUUGAUGAAUUUACAGAUAAUAAUCCAUUAACAUAUGUAACAACUACAGCCAAGUUAGAUGCAAUGUCACACAGGUUAUCGGCAUCUCUUUCCAAUUACAAUUUUAAAUUACAUUACAAAACAGAUAAAUCACACAGAGAUGCUGAUGGAUUAUCUCGUAGACCUACAGAAAUUUGUUCUAAUAUUAUUAAGGCUUUGACUUCAGCAGUGUUAGUAGAAAAGGAAGAACUUACUUUGGCUGAAAGUCUAGUAUUUACACAAAAUGCUACACUACAAAAGAGUAGUGAGGAUAAUGAAUUACAAGAGUUUAGUUUGAAACCAGACAGUAAAGAGUUAAAAUAUGAAAACCUAGAGGUUAGAGAAUACCUGAGAGAGUGGAGAAAUUCUGAAACAUCUAAAAAUGUUCUCUAUCGUCAUACAAUGGUAGAUGGAAAAAACAUCAAACAACUAGUUUUACCAUCACAUUACAGAAAUGUUGCACUUAAAGAUGAGGAAGAGAUUGAAGAGACACCCCCAACAAUAACAAAGAAAAAUACCAGACAGAACAAGAUGAAGAGGAAAGGUGAGGUUAGUGAAGAAGAGUCUGAAUCGUGUGAGUCAGAUUCAGACCAAGAAAUAUAUGUAACAAGACCCUGCAACUCUAAAAGAAAGUACUUCAGGCGUAGAUCACAAUACUGA